CGCGUGCAGUUUUUCAAAAUCACAAAUCCUCCCUGUCAACAAAUGUCUAGAAAAUAGCAGCAAGAGUUUGUUAUGUUUUUUUCUUGAUAUUAACUUACACAGGAACAACAGCCAUUGUGUCCACUGAGAAAAUGCUGGUGUUAUGUAUUAAUCCCAGUAUUCUGAUAGCAGUAGGUGGGAUAUGAAAAUUAACAUAUUGUGAAUGGACCAGUUUGCCUUUGACCUUUAAGAAUGUAAGAAAACGAUAGCAGGAAGGGAAUAGGUGUUCCUCUAGAUUUCAUAAACAUCUGUUGUUUCCUUCAGUAGUAGCUACUUUGGCUACUGGUGAGGUAUGAUGGAAACAGGAACAGCCAAAAACAUUCUAAGUGCAGCCAGUCUUCAGACUGAUAUACACACUACAGCCAUUAUGGCACAGGUUGUCUUAUUUUCAGUUUCUUUCCUGAUCAUAGAGUACAUGGAAUGUAUCUUUUUCACUUACAGGUUAGAUAUAACAAUGCAUCAGACGUUUCCAAAGCUUUAGGCACAGAAUUCAAAAACACUUCAGGGUAAAAAGCAUGGCAGAAGUGAAGGGGGAAAGUUUGUCAGACUGGUUCUGCAGGUAGAAGCCACCCCCAUCAGGAUAAGCUAUAGUACCACAAAGUGCACACACCUCCAAUUGCACACCAUAUUGCAAUUGCGAGAGAAAAAAAUGAAAUAACAGUCAUAUAAGUUUCUAAGGAAAUCUAGGACAUAAGGGUAGAAAUACUUCAACAAAUAGUUUAGAGAAUGUGUUGUAUACUAAGGGCGUCAGGCAUUCCAGUAAAGAUUGAAGUUUUCCGGCUUAAAGGCCACACUCAUUAUUAUUAUUUUAAUUUUACAUAAACCCAGAUUCUAUAAUGCGAAAAAAUUGUGUGUAAAGCUUGAAUAUGGUUAAUGGAUAUGGCUUGUUAAACAUUCAUUAAUGUGUUAAAAUUAGUUCCUGUUUGGGGAAUGAUAUGUUACUAACUUUUUAAAAAACCUGUAAGAUAUCCAAAUGAUUAAAAUAGCUUCAAGUGCCCCAAAUUACUUUAAAAUAACAUUUUGUGGAACAGUUUUAUAUUUAUACUAAAAUCCGGAACACAUUUGUAUUGAGAUGCAAACAAAGGUGUCAUUGUUAUGCUCUUAUUAGGAGAAAAAGUAACAUGUUUCAAGUCUUGUUGCUGCUUGAAGCAUGUUAUUUUCAAAUUGUCUGGUUAGUUAAGAAUCCAUCAGUAGAUUCUUUGACUUUAAAUGCAUCACUUUACAUUCAAUCUCAUUUACCUUUGAAUCGCUUUUUCAUUUAGUUUGAAAUCCUCACAUAUUUGAGAUUUCACUACUUGGAAUAACCAGAUGUCUUCCUGAGAUGACAACUAUAAUGAAACCAUUCUUUUCUCACAAGAAAGUGGGAUGCAUACUUUUGUAAGCUAUAUAAUUAAAAUUACAGUCUUGCCAAAAACCACUCCAAAACUUAGAUUCUCAUAAAAGUAUUAGAAGGAGGAGAAGAUGGAGCAAAGGUCCUAUUUGAUGACAAGGGGCAUGGUGUUUUUAAUAGCCAGCACAAAACUAAGGCCCACAAAUGGUACAUUAGGAAGUCAUUGUGGGAGGACUUCUAGCAGUUGUGCUGUCUGGUUUGUAAGGGCUCUUGGCCAUCAAAGGAAGAAUUUAGACCGGCAAGAUCCAUAUCCACACCUACAGGAUUGAAAGCCCUAAAAAUGGAGAGACCAGUCUUUGUGGAACUGGCUAGAGUAAGUGUAGGAAACCGCAAGGCCUGGGGUUGAGAAUGACCCUCAGUAGUUCCCCAGUGGGAACAUUCCUUUCAUGGGAUAUUGACGUUUGGUUGAUUCCCAUCAUCUAUUCAGGCUUCUUUCUCAGCUGAAAGUAAUUUGCUGGAAAAGCAUUAAUCUAAAAUAUGCUUCUCCUGUCCUUUUGCUUGACCCACCACUGGAAUUAUGGAGAUCUUUUCUGAAAUAGAAUUGGGCCUUCAUCUGAAAAGAGGGGUAAGAUUGUGUGUGGAGUUGAAAAGAAAAAGGUUCAAAUCCCAUCUUAACCUCAUGUUCCCUUGGGCCAGUGACCAUUGAUUACCCUAAACUUACCUGCCAGGCUUUUUGUGAGACUGAGGAGAGAAGUACUAUACAGUGUUCCCUCACUUAUCGUGGGGGUUAGGUUCCAGGACCACCCGCAAUAAGUGAAGGUAGGAACACUAUAUUUAUUUUAAUAUUUAUACAUUAUUUUAGCAGUUAUACACUAUUUUAAGUCUUUAUCAAUUGUGUGUUGAUAAAUAGCCUCCUUCUCCUCCCAUUGCCGCUUGGGCUCCUUCUCUCCCGUUGGAGAUUUAUGAUUUAUAAUAGUUUUUUAGAGUUUAUUGAAAAACUGUGAAAAGUGAACCGUGAAGUAGUGAGGGAACACUGUAUUUGAGAUUUCUGGAAAAAGUGCAGUAAUAAACACAGUGAAAAUCAGAAUGGCAGAUCAUCCUGACACAGGUUGUCUAUUGGCCUUCAUUCUCCGUUUUAGUCAAUUGACAAGAUAUGAGUGGAUGUUGGUGUUGGCUGACCUACGUAAGGUGUUGAGCUCAAUGCCCCAAAUAGGUUCAGCACUCUGGAUAGCUCCUUUAAAGUCCAGACUAAAAAACAAUGUGGAUUCACCACUCUCUAAGCGGAUGUCUAUGACUUAAUUCACAAAUCAAGUGUAAGGAGAUAGUCUUGGCCUUUACUGAGAAGAUUUUAAGCCCUUCAACUGCCUUUCCACUAUCAGAACAAAAAAAAAAAAACACAGCAAAGCGUUCCCUUCUUUUCUCUUCUCCAAAUAUUUCUGAUUCUUGCUUGCUUAUAAUCUAUACAUCAGUAAUAUGUUUGGCUUCAGAGCAUCCUCUGCUGGUGCCAAAAGACAAUACAAGGAACUCGGUUGCAUUUUUUAAUUCCAUCAGCCUCACUCUGGUUCCUGCGUGGCCCAAGGAUUAAGGAAGUAAAGCUGGGAUGGCACAGCUCAGAAAAAUUGCUUUUCUGGGCUAAAAUUUCCUAAAUGUCCAAGGGAUUCUGGGAGGUACAGUUCCAAUAAAUAUUUCCCUUCAGAAAAUGCCCUUUCAAGGCCUCAAAGUUUAUUGUAAUGUUUACCGCCAUGGAGAAGGACAAAUAUUUGUAGGUUUUUGUCCCUGAGAGCAAAAUAACUAGAGUUGAGCUUGAUACACCAGCGUGGAUGAGGAUGGUUGUCUGGUCUUCCGCAGGCAAAAUAUUUUAGACCCAGCUCUUGAGAAGAAAAGAUUUUAUAGGUGCUUUUAAGCAUCCUCUCUAGCAGUUGCAGGGAAUAGGAUCUAGAGGAGGGUGACCAACAUGAUCAAAGAUGUGGAAACCAAGUUUUCCAAGGAAUAACUUUGGGAGCAGGACACUUUUAGGUUGAAAAACUGGAAGUGAUACAAUAGUCAAUAGAAGAUUGAGAAAGUUUGAAUCCUGCUCUUCAAGAGACCAGAACACAAACCAAUGGUUUCCAAUUACAAGAAAAAAAUUCACCCAAAACUAUACUGUAAAAGGUACUUGUGUUGGAGAGUGGUGGAGUCUCAUCUUUGAAGAUCUUUAAACAGAGGUUGAAUGGGCAUCUUUCAGGAAAACUUUAGUUAUAUAUUCCUGCAGGGCAGAGGUCUGGACUAGAUGACUCUAGUGGUGUCUUCCAACCCCAAAAUUAUAUGAUUUUCAUGCCCAUAAUUUCUCACCUUUGGCUAUGGUGGCCUGAAGCUGUAGACCAAAAAGAUCUUAAGAGCUGCAUGUUCUCACCCCCUGUUUUAGACAUGUUGAAUUACGGUUGGACAGAAGAUAUGGUUUAUGCUGAGCGAUAAGUUUUUCAUACUGGGAUCCUGGGUGGAAAUAGGAAUGAAGACAUUUCCUGGGUGAACUAGGCUAAAAAUGCCAAAAGCAGGAGCCAAGGUACACCUCAGAAAGAGGAAGGAAGGGGGAGGGAGGCAAAGGAGGGAAGGAAGAAGAUGAAGAGAAAGAGGGAACAAGGCUCAAACGGAGACAGAGGAGAAAGCAGGAAAGAUAGAAAGGGUGCAGAAAAGGGGGAAAGGGACAGAAAUUUUUAAAAAGAAAAGACGAGUGAAAUCGUUCAUCUGAGAGAACGAGCAACCAAGAAAAACAAAGGAGAACAAAUCAGGAUCAAAACGAAGUGUAAGAACGAAAUCAGGUGAACCUGAAGUGCUACAAAAGAAGAAACAGAGGAUUAAAAAACAGAACCUGGGAGAGGAGAGUUAAAAUACACACCGGCACUAAACAAGUACGUGAGUGCCAGUGGUUGUCCAAGGAGAGAAAGAAAAACAUCAAGGAACUGGGAAUUGCAGAUCAGUGCCAUGUCCCAAGGAGGAUAUUUUGAGAACGAGCGGCAUUACCAAGCCCUGGAAGUACCUCCUGCUAGGCCCUCUGGUUCCGACCUGGGCCCAAUUUGUGAGUCUGAAUUGGCUUCAUACAUCGGAGAUGAACAGCUGCUCUCAGAAUUGCUGCAAGGGGCUCAGCACAGAGGCCCCAAAGGCACCCCAUUUCCCAACUACUUCCCCAUGGAGCCGUACCCUUUCCUCUCUUAUGGAGGGGAGCGUAAGGGCCUGGGACCCUUAGACCCACGUUCUGUCGCUGUCAAGGAGGAGCCGCGAGGAAGCGAAGCUGGACGGGUGGGUGGACGCCACCCAUACAAUGCCAUGCACUUCCCAGGUGCCCACUGUGCCCAAGUGGCCCUUGGACAGCCAGGCGGGCGUGCCGGACAAACUCUGAGAGUGCUCAAGGGUCCACCUUGCAGCCCCUCUCCACCCUGUGGCACCCCGAAAGGGAAGAAGUCGGUGAAUAAAGACAGCCUGGAGUACCGCCUGCGUCGGGAACGCAACAACAUCGCUGUGCGGAAGAGCCGUGACAAGGCCAAGCGCCGGGUGAUGGAGACGCAGCAGCGCAUGGUGGAGCUCCUGGGUGAGAACGAGAGGCUGCGCAGCCGGGUGGAGCAGCUGAUGCAGGAGACGGAGACCCUCCGUGACAUUUUCCGACAGGUGCCCGAGGCCGCCGGGCUGAUCAAAGGCCUUGGGGGCUGCAGCUGAAGUUGGACGUGGGGUCUAGGUGGUGGGGAGAAGGGCAGGGAGGGAGCAGCACAAGGCAAGCUGGAGAGGGAGUCGGUGGCAGCAGCUGUGGGGCUUGGGGUCAAGAAGGCGUGGGACUUUGAGCAUGUAAAUAAAAGGAUCUCUUUUGGUGACAUGUAGCCUGUGGUGGUCAUCCAUUGAAAAAACUGUGUUGAUUUGUAGUGAAUCUCUCCAAACGUUCACCUGGCCCUUGCAAUCCACUUUCGAUAUAAAUUCUUAGGACUUCAUCACAUGCAAGAUCCCCCCACCCUGUUUCCACACACUUCUAUCUAAAAUACUUCAUUGGCAAAGCAACUUUAUAUGACUCAAAGAGACUUCCACUUCUUGCUUGUGCUGCUUCAUCUGAAAUUGUCUCUGAAGUGUAGGGAAAUGGGGUGAACUGGAGCCGGUUAGAAACAGUCUUCUGAGCUCCUAAUGUACAUGGAAACAGGAUAAAGCGAGAGAAACACGUGGGAUGGGAUCAGUCAAAUUUGCCUGUGUUGAAUAACUUCAGUGAUGCGAAGUAAAGGGAGUUAUGUAGGUGUUCUCCUACCAAGCAUUAUUUCUCCCCCAAAAUCCUGCUUCAUGAGCCUGGCAUGGUAAUAUUUUAAAAUUAAUUUAAUCCUUAGGAAUAUCACAUUUUUUUGCUUUCAAAAUUGUGCUUUUGCUAGAUUUUAAACUUUGUUUUCCUUUCUUUUUGGCCAUCUACAGUUAGUUCUAGUGAAGUGGUUCUCAACCUGUGGGUCCCCAGGUGUUUUGGCCUACAACUCCCAGAAAUCCCAACCAGUUUACCAGCUGUUAGGUUUUCUGAGAGUUGAAGGCCAAAACAUCUGGGGACCCACAUGUUGAGAACCACUGUUCUAGUGCCUAGUAGGUUUUGGUACUUCAGCGAUUGAGAGUAAGGAGAAUGGGGUACGUAAAUUCUCUGUCUUCUUUAAAGACUAAAUGCCAUGCAAAGAAGACUAUUCCACACACAAAGAAGACAAUUUCCUGCACUUUCCUCUCUUUCUCCCAGCUUUGUCUGAUGAAGUCCUUAAAGAUUAGAAGAACCUGUGCCCUGUGAGAUUUUAGAAGGCAACGUUUUCCAUGUUUCCUGAUCAUUGACCAUGUUAUUUGCAGCUAAUAGGAAUCAGAGACCAACAAUAGCACUUUUUGGAUGACAACUCACAG